AUGAGGGGCACUCGCCAACUGGUCGUGAACGGGUACUCUUUCAUCUGCCGCAGCUACUGUCUCAACCACGUGAAGAAGAAUUGGAAGUGCGCCACACACGCCGACUGCACCGCCAAGGUCCACACCGUGAACGACGACAUCGUCAUACUGAACAACGACCACAACCAUCCCGUCACCUCGAUAGAAUGGAAGCUCUCGCCUUACGUCAAUAGAGGUGGCGACCUCCUCCAUUUCAACGGUUACACGUUCAAUAAGCGCAACCGUUGCGCCGGUGAGAAGACCACGUGGUGCUGCACCAACUACUACACCGCAGCACCAUGCCCCGUCAAGAUGAAAACCCUGGGCCUCACCUCUAAGAUCCUCGAAAUCAAAGGAGAGCACAACCAU